AUGACAUGCAAAAUCGUCUGCGCAAAGAACUCUUUGAUACUCACGCUACCAAGGGCAAUGAAGGGUUUAACAAUAAUGAAUCAAAUGAACUCCCUCUCCUGGAUGCGGUGCGCCGUGAAGCCCUCCAUCUCUUCGCGCCGGUUACUUUUGUAUGAAGACAGUAAGUCGUUGGUCUAUUCAACCAUCGAAAGUAGCCUUUCUGAAUAUUACGCACGUCGCUUCAGGACGAUUGAAUAUUGCCUCAUCCCUCUCCAUUUCCCCAUCCACGACUCCAAGACUGUUGUAGAAACCAAGGAGCUCCUGAUCACAAAAGGGACCUCGCUGUAUGUUGGCUUGGGCGUCGCCAAUCGAUCUGCUGCGAUUUGGGGGCCUGACGCCAGUGAACUGUGGCUCGGGAAAGCAGGUUUGGAUGGUACCGCGAACAGUGUGAAGAUGCCUGGUAUCUUUUCCAAUGCGUGA